AUGCGCAGUCGCUCCCUCUCCCGUCCCAAUAACAAUCAUUGAAAACGAACAGCAACCCCCGAAGAUUAUUACUUCAUCAGGCCUUUAUUUCCAACAAAUCGAGUCGACCAUGACAGAUUUACGCCACCGAGGAGCGACGGAUAAAGACCUGCAGCAUCAAACCUCGGAGGAUAAGGGCUCUGAAGCAGAGGGCAAGGAGAGAGAUGGAGCCUCGGACAAUGAGACCAAAUCAGACUCUGGGGUUCCUGAGGUUCCUGUUUCUGCCGAUGACACACCAGAGGUUCUCAACAAAGCCCUGUCUGGCCUUUCCUCACGAUGGAAGAACUGGUGGGUGAGGGGCAUCCUCACGCUGGCUAUGAUCUCCUUCUUCUUCAUCAUUAUUUAUCUCGGUCCGAUGGUGCUGAUGAUGAUUGUGCUGUGCGUUCAGAUCAAGUGCUUCCAUGAGAUCAUCAUGAUUGGUUACAGCGUGUAUCACUCUUACCACCUGCCCUGGUUCAGAACACUAAGCUGGUACUUCCUGUUGUGUGUGAACUACUUCUUCUAUGGUGAAACGGUGACAGAUUAUUUCUUCACACUGGUGCAGAGGGAGGAGCCUCUACGCAUCCUCAGCAAAUACCACCGCUUCAUUUCCUUUGCCCUGUACCUCACAGGGUUCUGCAUGUUUGUUCUGAGCCUGGUGAAAAAACACUAUCGCCUGCAGUUCUACAUGUUCGGCUGGACUCAUGUGACCUUGCUGAUUGUGGUGACUCAGUCCCACUUAAUCAUUCAUAACCUGUUUGAGGGGAUGAUCUGGUUUAUUGUGCCCAUCUCCUGUGUUAUCUGUAAUGACAUCAUGGCUUACAUGUUUGGCUUCUUUUUCGGUCGCACCCCUCUCAUUAAGUUGUCUCCUAAGAAGACGUGGGAGGGGUUUAUCGGUGGCUUCUUCUCCACUGUUGUUUUUGGAAUCCUACUGUCCUACGUGAUGUCAGGUUACCGCUUCUUUGUGUGUCCUGUGGAGUUUAACAAUGACUCCAACAGUUUCACAGUAGACUGUGAGCCAUCUGAGCUCUUCCAGCUUCAGGACUACGGUCUGCCGCCUGUCCUGCAGUCCAUCACUGGCUGGACCACAGUAAAGCUGUACCCAUUCCAGAUCCACAGCAUUGCCCUGUCAGCAUUUGCCUCCAUCAUGGGACCUUUUGGAGGCUUUUUCGCCAGUGGCUUCAAAAGGGCCUUUAAAAUCAAGGACUUUGCAAACACCAUUCCAGGUCAUGGAGGAAUCAUGGAUCGUUUCGACUGUCAGUACCUUAUGGCCACAUUUGUAAAUGUUUACAUCGCCAGCUUUAUAAGAGGGCCAAACCCCUCUAAAGUCAUCCAGCAGCUUCUUGCUUUGAGACUAGACCAACAGCUCCACAUCUUUAACUCGCUCAAGGCUCACCUGACAGAGAAAGGCCUGCUCCCUGCCCUGGAAGAAGCAGCCUAGCUCUUCGGACCACCCCACCGGAGUGAGCAUGUAUGCAAGUGGGAGAUGAGAUGAGGAGCAUAAGAAGGGAAACAACGGAAAACUGAACCACAACCUUGGGUCAUUCCAUUUUCUGUGUGUGUACAAAUCAGUGUUUUUGCUCGUUUUAUUUUUUGUGAAUGUUUUAUGUUUAUCUCUUACACCACAAAAGAAUAUUAUAUAUAUAUUAAGAUGACGUCGUUGUCACAGUUCUUUGAGCUGUACAAUUCCACUUGUGUACAAAUGUUCUGUACCUAUAGAUCGUCUGAAUAUUUUAUAGUGUUUAUUAAGUUUUAUUUUGUUUUAAUGCACUGCUCAUCACACUGUCAUUUCAACCUCAGGCUACUCUUUGUUUAUUUUUUUGCUAAUAGGUGUCUCCAUAUGCCAUCAUAGUCUCAGAAAAGAUUGUAUUUUCACUGCGGAGUGCCGUAAUUCAUAUUUGUUUUCAUGGUCUUGGGUUUUGAUGUUUUUGUAACGUUAUAUUUAAGAGUAUUGUGGUCAUUGAUAUCAAAUGUGCGCUUCAGCCCAGUCGGUGGUGACUGUUACAGUUCAGCUGUGAGACUGUAUUCAGAUGUCAAUAUUCAGUGUUUGAGAGGAAGUUUGGUCCACAUCAGUUUGUUACAAAGAAACGGUCACUGUAAGCCAAACAAAUAGGAAGUAACAUUUUAAUUAGAAUUGCGUUGUCAAUAAUUAAUAAUAAUUCAUUGUUUCUCAGUGACCAUUUGGAGAUGUUGACAAACAUUUCGCACUGAAUGUUUAAGAAUUAUUGUUUGUGGUGUAAAUCAUACUUUUAUCAUUUCUAGUUUUAUUUUAAUGUUGUGUGUGUUGUUUUUGUGCGUGUUUGGGAACUGUUACAUGCUAAAUGGUAAAGAUCAGGCUGGGCCACUGUUUUGGUUUUGAAUUCAUUCAGUUUUGUACCGUUUUCACUGCAUGAGACCAUGUCUCUUUUAUUUUAUAAUUCUAUUUCAUCUGUUUUGUUUUUACCAUCAUCUGCUGUGUAAACAACCAAAAGAGGGUCAGAACUACAGUGGGUUCUGUUUAAGGUAUUUUGCUCCCCUGUAAUAUGUGCGGUCAUGAACACCUGUGCCAUAAACAAUAUUUAUUUUAAGAAAAUGAAACCUUAAUGGGUGUCAUCGAGCAGCUUUAAAAGAGUAGUGUUAAUGGGCUCAGGUUCACAGUCUGUACGUACAGUCCACUGCCAUUCAACAAUAAAAAUCCAUCUUAGA